AUGGGUCCAUCCAAGGCUGCCACUGUGGAAUCACCAGACGCCACGCACUCCACCCCAACAACCACGACAGCAUCAUCCUCGUCUGGCACGCGCGCAUCCUCCAACCCUCUCUCGCUGCCCUCGGCGAUCCCCCCUCGCACCUCUAGCAACGGCAGCUUGCGGGCCUCCACCAUGCACGGGCAUCCGCCGGCGGCACCGGCCCAACAGCCAUCACCGCCGCCCCAAGCCCCAACCUCGACCCUCUCCUCCAUCGCCGUCUCCCCGAUCCCGUCCCCGCGGUCCGGCAGUCUCCCCGGGAGCCACCACCGGCACCGCUCCGCAGCCAGCGGCGCCUCCCUCCCCUCGCUGCCCCCGCGGCAGCAGCAGCAGCAGCAGCAGCAGCCGCAGCCCAGCACGGCCGCCUUCAUGGAGCGACAGCUCUCACCAGCCGCCGUGCCUCCCGCGGACCCGGCGCGCUACGCCACCGAGGACCUGCACUUUACGCCGCAGCGCUCCUGGACGGCCGACAAGGAGCGCAUCGUGCGCGGGCCGUUUGACUACGUCCUCUCGCACCCGGGCAAGGACAUUCGCUCGCAGCUCAUCGCCGCCUUCAACGAGUGGCUGCAGGUGCCGCCGGCGAGCCUGGCCGUCAUCACACGCGUCGUCGGCAUGCUGCACGAGGCGUCGCUGCUCGUCGACGACGUGCAGGACAACUCGGAGCUGCGCCGCGGCUUCCCCGUCGCCCACCACAUCUUUGGCGUCGCCCAGACCAUCAACGCCGCCAACUACGUCUACUUUGCCGCGCUGCAGGCGCUGCUCACCCUCGACAACCCGCAGGUCCUCACCACCUUUGCCGAGGAGCUCGUCAACCUGCACCGCGGCCAGGGCAUGGACCUCUUCUGGCGCGACACCCUCACCUGCCCCUCCGAGGACGACUACCUCGAAAUGGUCGGCAACAAGACGGGCGGCCUCUUCCGCCUCGGCAUCAAGCUCAUGCAGGCCGAGUCGCCCCUCAGCCCCCCGCUCGACUGCGUGCCCCUCGUCAACCUCGUCGGCCUCGUCUUCCAGAUCCGCGACGACUACGUCAACCUCAAGUCCGACGCCUACGCCCAGCACAAGGGCAUGUGCGAGGACCUGACCGAGGGCAAGUUCUCCUUUCCCGUCAUACACAGCAUCCGCGCCCGCCCCGGCGACCUGCAGCUCCUCAACAUCCUCCGCCAAAAGACGACCGACAUCCAGGUCAAGCGCUACGCCGUCGCCUACAUGGAGGACACCGGCAGCUUCGCCUACACCCGAAAGGUGCUCGCCACCCUGGUUGAGCGCGCCAGGAAGCAGACGCUCGAGCUCGACAAUGGGCGCGGCAAGCAGGCUGGCAUCAUGGCUAUUCUGGACAAGAUGGCGAUUCCGGAGGAAUGA